UGAAAAUGAAUCUUGAAUAUGAAUAAUGCCAUUGUAAUAUUGUUUUUUUCUUUCUGAGAAUUUUGAACUUUAAAAAUUAAAUGUGUGGUAAUGUAUGCUACAACUGUGCCAUAAAUCUAGCCUAACUAUAGAACAUGUCUUUCUACAUAAAACACUUAACUUAUUAAAAAUUAUUUCAACCUAUGCAAAGUAAAAAAAAAAAUAAUAAUAAUAAUUGCAUUAAAGCAUAUCAGGAGCAGUGUAUAUUCAUAAAUCACACCAAAAUGAUGUAGCAAAAUCUAGAGUGGAAAAAAAAAUCUUCAAAAUGUGUGUACAUAAGCCCUGCCCAUGCUCUUUGCUCUUUGCACCUAUUCACUUCCAUGAAUUGCAUGGUUUGUUUGUCAAUUAUUGCCAAUGUUAUGAGUAAAGUAAAUAGAAAGAGUGUCUCUUGCUCUUCAGAAUGAAGAAAAGAAUCAAUAAAUCUGAAAGGAAAUUUCUGUCUGCAGGAAGAUUGCAACAAUCUGGUCAGAAACCUAAGGAUUUAAACGUGCAUGCAAGAUCGCAGUGGCGAUGGACUAACAUGUUCCUACUUUCUCUCUGCAUCUUCUCUGCAUCAAUACCAUUUCUUCUGCAUAUCUUCUCUGCCUCUAUUGACCUCAGCCGACCAUCAGAUAUAGGGCUCAAUCACACUAUAAACAUGUACCUCACACCUGAGCAGGGGGUGAGGGUGGGCGUGUGGCACACUGUACCCGAACAUAGAUGGAAGGAGGCGCAGGGGAAGGAUCUGGACUGGUAUGAGAAAGCUCUGGGGGACGGAUCGCCCAUUUUCAUCUACCUCCAUGGCAAUGGGGGCAACAGAUCUGCACUGCAUCGAAUUGGAAUUGCAAAUGUCUUGAGUGCUGUUGGAUAUCAUGUUUUGGUGAUGGACUACAGAGGUUUUGGGGACUCCACUGGUGAGCCUACAGAGGCCGGUCUGUGUACUGACGUCUUAUAUUUGUACCACUGGGUUAAGGCACGCAGUGGAAACAGCCUGGUGUGUGUGUGGGGUCACUCGCUUGGUAGUGGCGUUGCAUCUACCACUGCAGUUAAAUUACUAGAACAAGGAAAAGAGUUUAAUGGAAUAAUUCUUGAGGGUGCAUUCCUAAAUGCAAGGAUGGAAACAAAUAAACUUACUGAACACCCUUUUACCUGGUUUUAUAGGAAGUUCCCAUAUAUUCAGUACCUCUUGUUCAAUCCACUGAAAAACAAAGAUUUGAACCUUCCAACUGAUGAGAAUUUGCAAAAAAUUCGAACUCCCCUCAUGAUUCUCCAUGCUGAAGAUGACCAUCUAGUGCCCUUCACCUCAGCUCAGGAGAUCUACAGAAUUGCAAAAAAGGCCCAAAACUCAGAUGAGCGUGUUAAGCUAGUACGAUUUGAUGGAUCGCUUGGAUACCUUCAUAAUGGGCUGUAUAAAGACCCUGGUUUGCCAAAUAUUAUAAGGGAGUUUGUGCAGUCACUGAUGAUAUGAGAGACACACACAGAAGGAGGAGGAUAAACCAACUAAUAACUGGCUAAAUAGCUGUACAACUGGUGCUAUAACUGUACAUUUAGUUGUUUUAAACAGUAUAUGCAUUUCUUGAAUAUAAAACAUUGCAAUGUCUGAAGUAAAUUUGACAGAAUUCCCCCAUAGGUUGAAUAUAUUGUCUAGUUAUUAUUUGUAACAUUAAUUUCUUUCAAUACUCCUUUUUUCACGAUGCAUAAUAAAAUCAGUUGUAUAGUUUCUUGA